AUGUUCGCCAGAUCAGUAUUCCGUCCCGCAAGGACAGCGGCCAACCAUGUCCGCCGCUAUGCCUCCGAGGCUGCCGCAAAGUCUGGCUCCAACACCGUCCUCUACUCUGGUAUCGCUGCCGGUGCUGGUAUCGGCGGUUACAUGUACUCGCAGCGUGCUCAGGCCGAGGGCCAGCACGGUAGCAAGAACGAGAGCGGCGCUUUCGGCCAGCCCGCCUCAAAGGAGGAAGAGUCCAACAUUCCCAAGCAGGCCGCAAACCCUUCCAAGUGCUUCACUGGUGGUGACCAAGGCUUCGUCAGCCUGGUGCUGCAGGAGAGCGAGGUCAUCAACCACAACACAAAGAAGCUGCGUUUCCACCUCCCCGAGGACAACGUCUCCGGUCUCACCAUUGCCUCUGCUCUGAUCACAAAGUACAAGGGUCCCGAGAUGGAGAAGCCCGUCAUUCGCCCCUAUACCCCCGUCAGCGACGAGGACUCUGUCGGCUACCUCGACUUCAUUGUGAAGAAGUACCCUGGCGGUCCCAUGUCCGAGCACCUCCACAACAUGCAGCCCGGACAACGACUUGACAUGAAGGGUCCCAUCCCCAAGUACCCCUGGGAGGAGAACAAGCACGACCACAUCGCCCUGAUCGCUGGUGGAACCGGCAUCACCCCCAUGUACCAACUCGCCCGCGCCAUCUUCAAGAACCCCAACGACAAGACAAAGGUCACUCUCGUCUUCGGCAACGUCUCAGAGGAAGACGUCCUCCUCAAGCGUGAGUGGGAAGACCUCGAGAACCAGUACCCCAACCGUAUGCGCGCCUUCUACACCCUCGACAAGCCCCCACAAGACUGGCCUGGCCCGAAGGGUAUGAUUACCAAGGACCUUCUCAAGACCGUCCUUCCCGACCCCAGCAAGGAGAACAUCAAGGUCUUUGUUUGCGGCCCCCCUGGUAUGUACAAGGCUAUCGCUGGUCCCAAGAAGAGCCCCAAGGAUCAGGGUGAGCUUACUGGUAUGCUCGCCGAGCUUGGUUACAACAAGGACCAGGUCUACAAGUUCUAAGCCGCUUGCAACAUACAUCAUCUUUCGAAUCACCUCUUGUAUAUUAGAAACGAAUAGAAUGUCUUGCACCUACCACGA